AUGAUUUCUUUUCUAUUAUUCUUGAGGGUCAUUUUCUUCUUUCUGUUUUCUUCUUAUUUUAGAAAUCUAUACCUUGUUUACAUUUUCUGCUUCAUCUAUUUCUUCUCUUCAUCAUUAUCAUUUUUUAAUUCAUCUUCUUAUUUCCACCAAAUUUUAGAAUUAUUUUGUUUUUCCCUUUUCCGUCUAUAUUCUAAUUUCUGCACUUAUUUUUCUUCUGUCGUGUUUCUCUCAUUUUUCUCUCUUACCUUCUGUUGUUUUCAUUAUUAUUUAGUACUUUUUUGCAGUUUUAUUCUUCCUUUCUUAAAAUUUCAUCAUUAUCCACUCUUCUUUUUCUUCUCUUUUUUUUUUCUCGUACUUUUUUCUUUCUUUUUUAAAUACUAUUUUCUUCUUCUUCUUCUUCUUCUUCUUCUUCUUCUUCUUCUAUUACUACUACUACUACUGCUGCUGCGUCUUCUUUUCUUCCUUCUCCUCCUUUUUCUAUCUUUAUUCUUGCUUUUACAUUCUCUCUCUCUCUCUCUCUCUCUCUCUCUCUCUCUCUCUCUCUCUCUCUCGUUUCGAUUGCUAGUAUUCUAUCUCAAUACUUUGCUUAGUUUCUGGGAAAUGUGA